GUUAUGUCAUUUCCUAGCUAAUAUUGCUGUUCAAAGUGAAUGUAAAUAUGUUGCAGUUUUCUAAAUUAUACAGUUAAAUGUUUUAUAAUGUGUGUAGUACCAUCAGAUGACGACUGCCGAUGCUGCUAUCACCCAGACUUGUGUCAAACGGUGCUGCGGCUGUUGAGGAGACGCGUAUUUUACCUCGUUGGUUUGUAACUGAGCACCUCUUCUUCUCAUCAUGGAUGGAGACACUGAAAGAAGGGCAAUUAUUUGUGGUCUCUACGAUUUUGGCUUGGCAGUUAGUCUGCAAUUCUUGCAAACACGACCGCAUAUUAAUAACAUUGGUAUCACUUCGUCUGACAGCGGAGUGGCUGGAGUCAAGAGAAGUAGUGGCUGGGUUGACCGAGCAGUCCAACUAUAUAAUGUGAGAUACAAUACAGACAAGAGUGAAGACUGUAUUUCGAAGUGUUCUUCAUCACAACGCACUGAAUCCCCUGGUCUGCAUCGGAGGUCUUCAGUCUUAACAAGUACAUUUCACGAAUGCGAGUUCGCACGGUCGCUCCGGCAGUACCCAGCAUCCAGUGAGAUGGUGACGUCACGCAGCGCUGAAAUCAUUCAGAGAGUACUGACGUACUCGCAGGGGAAGAGUUUUACAAAUCGUUCGAGGUCGAGGAGACUGCGUCCACCAGGUCGUGUCUCUUCGCGGAGAUGCCUGACGCAUAAAGGGAAGACACACAGAAGAAACAGCCUCGGUCGGAGAAACAUCCAAACAACACCAGUAGUGGUAGACGAUAUCAAAUGCCGGAGCAACAGUUAUGGCUCAAGAUCUGACGAUGUGGAAGUAAUGUACCAGUACUUAAAGCAGAGGCCACCCACCGAAGUACGAUAUUUGUCCAGCAUAAGGAACGCCGUAUGCAAGAAUCUGCUGGAUCUAUGUGAGAGUGCGGAGGACCGUCCUUGCGCCAAAAGCCGCUACGAACGCCACAGAAGAAUAUGUCCCCAGAGAGAAGGAAAGGAGACCAAUAAAAUUGGCGUUCAAGUAAAACAAAAAUCAUGUUUCUGUCAGACACCAUCUUCAUGCGUCUGUAAAAAACAAUUAUAUUCAAAUCAGCCACUAAGAUUUAUAAAGGAACCGGACAAUUUAAAAACUGAUAUUGAACAAUGGGUGGGAAAUAUGUUUUUAUUGAACAAUUUUGAUGAUAUCAAAGAUCAAAAAGAUUUUAUGGUAGACAAGCUCAUUGAUUUGAUGAAACAAAUUCACACAGAAGGAAUGAAUUAUCAGCAAGCUAAGGAUGAGAUUGAUAGAGAGUUAAAGCGUUUGGAAAUAUGGAAUAUAGAUGAAAAUGAAAGCUUCGUAGAUAAAUUAGCUGAAUGUUUUUUGAUGAAGUUUGUGCAACUGCAACUCCCUGAUAAACUUGGUAAUUAUACAUUGAAAGAAUUGUUAGAGAAAAUAUCUUUCGAAGGCUACAUUCCUAAUGCGGAGAUAAAAAUAAAGGACUUACCAGGAUUUUCAAAACUUACCGAUACUGAAACUAAACUAUUGGCUAAGACCCUUAUUGCAGCUUUAAAAGAACAAGACUUUACGAAUGACGAUAAAAGUCACUCCAAACGACUACGUCAGUUUGAUAAGACCGAUAAAUUUCCGAAUGACAUUCAAAUUGUAACCGAUACUUUAAAGGAGAAGGAAGUUUUUAUACCUGAAAUUUCAGAACACAAUUUAGAACAAAUGAGAAGUGAACAAAAUAAGAUGAAUAAAAACCGUCUAAAUCUAUUACAUGAAGUAGAAAAUAAGGAAGGAAUUAAGUUUGAAGAAGAUUUUUCUAAAUUUCAGGAAAGUCAACCUGAUGUCAGUUUCGUUAGACGGAAAGUGAAGAAUGAGCCAACUGACCAAGAAGAAAAAAGGAGAGGAAAUUUAGUAAAAAUAAUUGAUGACAUUAAUUUAAAAAAAGAAAAAUAUUCCCCUAAAAUUGUAAGCGAUUCGGCAGAUAUGACAACUAAUGAGACAAUAAAAGUUACUAAAAAUCUUCAAGAUAAAAGUUACACUGAACCGAAAAAUCGAAAACAGUGGCACCAAGAUAAUUUUACAAAGUUUUUACAAAACGAAAUUGAUGGUUUAAUACGAAGUGUUGACAAAGAUAAUUUUGAAGAAUCAUUAGCUUUAAAGUUAAGUGAAUGGUUGCAGGAUACUCUUAGUAAAGUAAACAUGACAGAAUUUGAUACUACGAAUGAGGCAAAUAGUAGCAGUAAUAAAACUAAAAAUGUUGGUUUCAACAAUAAGUUUGCAAUGCGGUAUCGGUCACGAGACUCUAUUAACACUUUAUAUGACGAUGGUAAUAUCGAUGAUACUGAUCCUUCGAAAACGCAACUAACUAGUGAUUCACCUUUUGAUGCAAAUAAAAUGAGUAGAUCAAAUAUUCUACACAAGGAAAAUGAAAAUUUGCGCCUCUCUGAAAUCCAUGUCUCAACACCAUUAAAAGAGCCGUUAAAUACGACACACCUCACACAGUUUCAAUCUCCUAUUCGUAAAGAUCGACGUGAUACGAAUAGCAGUGAUGUUACAGAUGAUCAGAGUGUUAAUGAAAAUUUAAUGGGUUCACAAAAAAAAUUAUGUAUUAAAGAUUUCUUGAGAACAUGGUUACGUGAAAUGAAUUUAUUCAACAAGGAUAUUGAAGAACAAAUAGUUGGUAUUUUAGCAAAGGAUAUUAUGGACCGACAAAAGUAUUUAGAGGUUUCAAAUACUUUACCGACUAGCAACGAAGAGUUGGAGCAUCUAAAAUAUCAAAUAUACAAGCGAUUAAAAAGUAUCAUAAGUUAUGAAAAUCUGCCUCAAGUAAUCCAAAAUACUAAUGAUUUGUUUGAUCACUUAAAAAAUAAUUUACAUUGUAGUGAUAUCGAAAACACAUCUUUUGAUUUGAAAGAAGCAGCAAAUUAUAUAAAUCGGCCUAAAAAAUCCACAGACAAUGAUAUUGACGCCAAAGAAAACAUAGAAAAGUCUAGGAAUAUUUUGUCAACACCACAAAAAUACUUCCAAAAUAAAAUCCAUCGAUUUCAUUCUCAACAACCUCAAGAUACUGCAAAUAAUAGUGAAAAGCCUGUUGAUCAUAUUUCACAAAAUCUUUCUAAUAUCAAAGAAAUUUUACAAAAAUGGUUUAAAGAACUAAACAUUUUGGACAAUGUUAUUGAGAGCAACGUUGUUGAUCUUUUAGCACAAGAUCUUGUAGAAAAACAAAACUAUUUCCAACUUUCAAAUCCUAGACUAUCUAUAAAUGACCUUUCUCAUAAAAUUUGUAAGAGAUUACAAAAUGUCGUAAAUGAAGAUGACCUUUCUAAUGCAAUGCAAGAAACUACUAUUUUAUAUGAACGCUUGAAAAAAUUAUUAAAGAAAUCAAGUGAACCCGUAAAUAAAACUUAUGAAUCCAAUAACGAAAAAGAUAUGACUAAUCAUCCUAAAGAUCCUAAUUCUAACAUAAUUGGUAAAGAAAUUAAAUACACAUCAACACCCCGAAAUACCCUAAAAAAUAAGUUUAACCAAACCUUAUCUUUAUCAUCUAUACACGAAGAACCGCAUGAUGCUUCACAUUAUAGUAAAAAACCAAAUGAAAAUCAUGUACAAAAAAUUUCACAUAUUUUAAACGAAUGGUUUGGCAAAUUAAACAUGUUCGGCAAGGUAAUUCAAAAUAAAAUUGUUGAUCUAUUAACACAAGACAUCAUAGAUAGGAAAAAUUAUUUACAGGCAAUCAAUACCAAACUCUCAAAUGACAUGGAGUUAGAACAUCUUAAAUAUUUAAUUUUCAAGCGGUUAAAUAAUAUUGCCAAUGAUGUGGACUUGGGUCGUGCCAUGAAAUACGCUGCUGAAUUAUUCAUUCCUUUAAAAGACGUAUACAAAGACAAUUCUGAAAUCGAAGACCAGUUUUCAAAUCUAACGUUCGGACUGGAACGUCAGCUCAAAGAUACUAGCAAAACUUUUUAUAAUGAUCGCCAGUAUCUCAAAAAUGACGGUGAAUUGACUGCUUCGCCAUGGAACUCACUGAAAAAGCAAAUAGUAGAAAUGAUAAGGAAAGAAUAUUUUCCAGGAAGUGUGCCCAACAUUGAUAUAGUAAAAGAAAUUGACCAAUUUAUAGAAAACGUAGUUCGGAAAUCAUUACAUAGAAAGAGUGACUUAGAAUUGAGAAAUGAAAUUAAAGACCUUUUUAACAAAUGUCACUUGCAUUUCAAUGAUUCGGAUUUUUUAGAAGAAGAACUUAUACAAUUAAUAAAAAGCGUGAAGGAAGACAUUUCAACAAAUACUCAAGAGGAGUUGGUUUCUGCAAUGGAUGAAUACAAAGAGCGUAUUCGUGAUACAAUAACAAAAACCAUACCAUUUUUAGAAGGAAUAGAUCCAUCUUUUGAAGCACUAAAAGACAAAUUAGCAGAUGCUUUUGUAAGUCUUCAUUAUAUUGCUGAUAAACCAGAGGAAAAACAUGAAUAUAGAACGAAAAUUCGAGGAGAAAUUGGUCGUUUUUGUGAUAACUUUUUAAAACGUUUCCCAGCUUUACAAUCAAAUUUAGAAAACAUUAAUGAAGAUCUUUAUAAUGCUCUUUUAGAAGUUUCGGUACCUUGUAAUGAAUUAUUAGAACACACACUUGAGAGCUUUAAUAGUAUUCAGGAUAUAAUACGUGAAUGGAUAAAUGAGUUACCCCUAAAUCAGUCUGAACAGUUGUUAGCAAAGAAAUCAACAGGCAUACUAGAGUUAACUAAUACUUUACAUAAAUUUAAAAAGAAACGAGACAUACCACAUAGUCAAAAUGAUGAAAGUACAAUAAAUGCAAUCAUUGACUGGUUAAAAAAGUUGCCCAUUGGGAAUUCACCUCCUUUCAAUUUCCACGACGAAGCUGAAAAGCUUUUGAAUGCAAUUGUAGGUGAAAAAACUGAAGGAAAUGUACAAUCUAUAAAAAGCGAUAAAAAUACUCAAUAUACACCAAGGAUACCACCUAGCACCUUAAGUGCCAAAGAUAAGGAGCACUUACAAAUAGUUCGUGAACGGAAUUCAAAAUCUCAAGCUUAUAAAAAUGAAUUUAAUUCCACUACCAAAUACCCUGCACUUACCAUUGACAUAAGUGUGCAAACUGAAAAUGAAUAUUUUAGCACAACAUAUAAACGAGUAUCACACGCUGAAAGUAAAGAAGAAAAUAACGCAUAUCUCUCACCAAAAGUUUUCAUUAAAGAAUAUCAAUGGAACGACAAAGCUCAGGGUCAUCUAUCGAAUUUGGAAACGCAAUCGAAAAUAAAUUUAACUGAUGAAACACCCAAUCAAUCAAGAAGAAGGAUAAUUCAAAGCAUGCCAGAUAAUUCUGCAAAGCCGAUAAGGUCUAAUUUAAAACACCAUGAGAACGAAAAUCUACCAGAAAUGCAUCAUUUACCUGAAAGAUAUAUGGACUCAGAAUUACCGAAUUUUGAUGAUUAUGAUACUAUUCACAGAAUACCGCAGUUGACUUCGCGGACACUACCAUACAUAAUAGAAUCACGUAACUACGAAAGUAAUCUCGUUAGAUUGCUUCCACAUCCAAAUGAUGAUGAAAGACAAAGUAUCCCUAAACAUAAUUAUAGAGGGAAAAGUUGUCAACGCAGAAUGCAUAGAGAAUUUUAUGGAAUGGACGUACCAUACUUAGAUCAUCAAGAAGCACAAAAAAGUGGUAGACGUCCAGAUUUAUCUAGUAAAGGUAAAAAUACAGACUUUGAUCAUAGGUUGCAUUGUAAUUGCAGUCGUCACAUGAUGAGUAAAUGCCGGUCUCCUAGUCAUUAUCGGCCUCAAAUUAGUAAAUGUCUUAAAUAUUGUGAUCGUGUUAAUGCUCCGUAUUGUCCUUAUCCUAGUCCAUUGUAUUUCCAUGAUGGUGUGUCGUAAUGCCUUUGCGAUUGUGUUUUUAAAUGACUUUGUUUUCGCGAAUACAGUACUGUUGGAUUUUAAAUAA